ACUUUAGUGAAAGAAGGAGAUAUUAUGCAAAAUGAAACGCGUGGAGAAAGGAAUUACCGACACCCUCCAUCCACUGAUUCUUUCUCAGUCUCUUUCUCUCAGAAAAACAUACACACACUCUCAUCGAUUCACCGUAGCAGAUGAAGCACCGAACAUGGCCUCGCGUUUCUUCUUCGCCUUUUUCCUCCCUUAAUUUCUCCAACGCAACCGCUCCCCGAUUCUCCGCCGCGCAUUCGGCCCGCUCCACUCGCCUCUGCGCGCGCCCUCCGCCGUCCCCUCCCGGCGCCGAUUUCACGGCACUACCCUACGAUGUCAUGGUGAGGAUCGCCGCCUCCUUCGACCACCCCAACCUCCGCGCGGCGUCUCUCGUGUGCCGCGCGUGGUGUGAAGCGCUGCGGCCGCUGCGGGAGGCCAUGGUGCUGCUACGCUCGGGGAAGCGCUUCAAGCAUGGUCGCCGCGGUGUCCGCCCCAACGCCGACAAGGCGCUCGAUUCGUUCAUGAAAGCUGCCGCGCGCGGUUCCGCCCUCGCCAUGGUUGACGCCGGCCUCAUUUACUGGGAGAGAGGGGAGAAGCCCAAGGCCAUGGAAUUGUAUCUCAGGGCCGCGGAACUUGGAAACCCUUCUGCGCAGUGCAAUUUGGGAAUUUCCUAUCUCCAAGCUGAACCUCCGAACACUGAACAAGCUGUCAAAUGGUUAUAUAAAGCUUCUGUGUGUGGGAAUGUUCGUGCUCAGUACCAGCUUGCGCUUUGGCUGCACAGAGGUGGUGGAAGGGUCUGUAGCAACAUGAAAGAAGCUGCUAAAUGGUAUAUGAAAGCUGCUGAGGGUGGGUAUGUCCGUGCUAUGUACAAUAUCUCCUUGUGCUUGUCCAUUGGGGAAGGACUGUCACGUAAUCAUCAACUAGCUAGAAAAUGGAUGAAGCGGGCUGCAGAUCGUGGUCACAGUAAAGCUCAGUUUGAGCACGGACUUGCUCUCUUUUCUGAGGGAGACAUGAUGAAGGCUGUGGUAUACUUAGAACUUGCUACUCGAGCUGGUGAAAAAGGUGCAGCUCAUGUCAAGAAUGCAGUUCUUCAUCGGCUUUCAUCGGCUUCACGUGAUCAUGCAAUGCAUCUAGCUGACAGUUGGCGUGCCUUGCCAUCAGUUUGAGCCAAAUCCUUAAGUUGGUUUGUGAGAAAGAAGUUGCCUGGCCUUGAUCAGUGAGAGUGUAGUCAACAAAGAAUGCCUAAGCAUGAAACAAGUAAGGCAGGGAGGAGCCGCUAAGAAACUGACUUUGCCUACCAAUCCUGACUAUAGUGGUUUUUUCCUAUGUAUAAACAAAACUAGUUGGUGGGCGUUUGUAAAACUAGUUGACUUUGUAAAAUCCUCUAAACUAUUUGAAAGUUCCUCUUCAGUUCCCCUCAGAACUGUGCAGUUAGAGUGUGGCGGGCAUUUUUUUUUUGUCACAAAUGGCUAGCUAGAAAAGUGCAAAUUCAUAUUACUCCAUAUUAUAUGUUGUAUGGAUGGAAUAUAACGUAGUGCCAAGCUGUCUGUCUGACUUUA